CACUCCUUGUCCCCAUAUAAUAGCUCUCUCUCUCUCUCUUCGUUCUUCCAACUCCUACCGGCGCAGCUGAGAAGUUUAUCUCGCGGAAGAGGCAACCAUGGGUAUCUCUCGUGACUCCAUCCACAAGAGGCGUGCCACUGGAGGCAAGCAGAAGGGAUGGAGGAAGAAGCGAAAGUACGAGAUGGGAAGGCAGCCAGCUAACACCAAGUUGUCAAGCAACAAGACGGUGAGGAGAAUCCGAGUCCGUGGAGGUAACGUCAAGUGGCGUGCGUUGAGGCUCGACACCGGUAACUACUCGUGGGGAAGUGAAGCGGUGACACGCAAGACCAGGGUUCUCGAUGUCGUCUACAACGCUUCCAACAACGAGCUCGUCAGGACCAAGACUCUUGUGAAGAGUGCUAUUGUUCAGGUCGAUGCCGCUCCUUUCAAGCAGUGGUACUUGCAGCAUUACGGAGUUGAGGUUGGUCGCAAGAAGAAGAGUGCUGCUUCUGUCGCCGCCAAGAAGGACGGAGAGGAAGGUGAUGAAGCUGCUCCAGCUGCUGCCGCUCCUGAGGAGACCAAGAAGAGUAACCACGUCUUGAGGAAGAUCGAGAGCCGUCAAGAGGGACGCAGCCUUGAUUCCCACAUCGAGGAUCAAUUCGCUAGCGGACGUCUGUUGGCUUGCAUCUCAUCUAGGCCAGGCCAGUGUGGACGUGCCGAUGGAUACAUUCUGGAAGGCAAAGAGCUAGAGUUCUACCAGAAGAAGAUCCAGAAGAAGAAGGGAAAGGGUGCCGCUUAAAAGCUUCACUUUUUUACUUUCAAACUUUUUUUUUUGUCUUAUCAUCAAACAUGUUUUGAGUUUCAGUUUCUACUAUUGUCUGAGAACCCGAGAUGCUUUUGGAUUAGCUUGCAAUGAUAUUUCAUAAACUACCCCAUCA